UUGGUGAGGAAACAUGAAAGAAACAAGAGACAAAAAGAGGAAAAUGGCGGCAAAUGGAGGAGUUCGAAUUCAAUUCAAAUGGUGGAGGGACAGAAAUGAAGGGGCGAGCCAUGGCUUGGCUGCUGCAUGAUUGAUUCGUCCCCCAAUCCUUCAAUCUCCUACUAUUCGUUUUGUGUUCACAGAGAGAGAAAGAGAGAAAGACAGAGGAGAGCGAGAGAAAGAGGGAGACGCCGGUGGGCCUUCUGAGAGAUUGGUUGCGCGUGUCAGGGAGGGCCGUCAGAUCGAGCGGCUAAAUCCGGAAAGUGCAGGUCGAUUGAGGUGGAGGGGAAGUUGUCAACGGGAUAAGGAAACGAGGACUGUCAGGAUCCCUUGACGCAGCAGGCUGAGGGCGUCCGGCAUGGGAGGCCUCCCCAUUUCUUGGUCGUCCGCCCUCCGCCUGCUCCUCGCACUUCUCCUCCCCGCCGCCAUCACCGCCGCAUGCAUCACCCUCUCCACAGAGAAGAUAUUGAAGGAUUUCUUGAUUUGGAUAAAUCAAAACCUUGGUCCUUGGGGUCCGCUUGUUCUGGCCUUUGCAUAUAUACCUCUUACAGUGUUCGCAGUUCCAGCUUCAAUUCUUACUUUGGGAGGUGGAUACCUCUUUGGAUUGCCUAUAGGCUUCGUUGCUGAUUCUGUUGGUGCAACUGUUGGUGCAACUGCAGCAUUCUUACUUGGUAAAACGAUUGGAAGGCGACUGGCCAUAUCAAAGCUGAAAGAUUGUCAGCAAUUUCAGGCUAUAGAUACCGCAAUUCAGAGAUCGGGUUUCAAGAUAGUACUGCUGCUCCGGCUUGCCCCUUUGCUUCCAUUUAACAUGUUGAACUACCUGCUGUCCAUGACUCCUGUUAGCACAGGGGAAUACAUGAUGGCUUCAUGGUUGGGAAUGAUGCCUAUAACUUUGGCAUUGGUAUACGUCGGCACAACUUUGAAGGACCUAUCUGAUACGACACAUAAUUGGAAUCAAAUUUCUACUAUGCGUUGGGUAAUACUUGCAUCUGGGAUCGUGCUUUCUGUUGUUCUGAUGGUGUGCGUUACUAAAGUAGCAAAAUGUAGUUUGGAGAAAGCCUUGAUGGAAAACGAAGUGGGCGUGAAUGACGAUGAGCCGUCAUCUCAGCUGCCAGUUUCCGUUAAUCCCUCCGUGGAUCUCUACCAGCCUCUCAUAAUCAAGAUUGACCCUUCGAUUGAUGGACAUGAAAAUUGACAAACUAUACAUUGAUUGUAUGUUCUCUCUCUGUCUCUCGCUGGGGUUUGAGUAGGGGCAGACUUACUCGUGAUAGGGAAGGAGGUUUGCUGGUGAAAUAGAUCAGAAGUUGGAAGCUGUAUUGUACAGAGUUAAAUUUAUAAAAAUAUAAAGCAGCACAGUCCCUUCUUUU